GUAUUGCUUGAUUGCUCAGUUCAUUGCAGAAGUGGGUGCACGAGUUGUGGUUGACGCAAAGCCAAGUUCCUCUCAGCAGCUUGCACUGGAUGAGUUCAUCGAAAAUGCCAAAAAAAGUGCGAAGCAAAAUGGUAGCUCCUCGUCUGGUUGUCUUCCUUCCCUACGUGUUUAUACGCCGCCGAGCAAUUCCAUGUAUGAACCCAGCGAUGUUUUCGAUACGAAAAACUUCACUGUUGGCGAGUUGUUAUUGCCGGUAGGGCGUAUGAAAACGCCGAAGGAAGAAUGUGAGGCAAGCGAUGGUGUUGAUUGCGGGUAUGCACUGGGCGAUGGUAAUAACAUUUCUGAACUACUACGUGUUGCCACUGACAUGGAUUUGGCAUUUACCUACAAUUCUAGGCGGAUUGGUGAAUUUUGCUUCGAGUCAAAUUCCAAAAAUAUGAGGGGUCGUUUGGUUGUAUUCGCAGAUUUGGGGACCAAAAUUGCGGUCCGUGAGCGGUAUAACGGCAACGACUUAAGGUUUUUGCGUUUUUUCUUGCACAAUACAGAAUACUGUAACAGUCUUCUUUUUUUGGCAGUUGAGAGCUGA